AAGCUGGCGUGGGUUGUGUUAGACGAGAGUGAUACAGAUACAGAUACAGUGGUGUAGUGGUAACGUGUCAACUUCCUUCCUUGAAUCGAAUCGUUGACGAAGUGGUUUUCCGGUGAGCGAAAAUGAACGACGGCGAUGUCUCCAAGCAAAUCCAGCAGAUGGUGAGGUUCAUCCGCCAGGAAGCUGAGGAAAAAGCCAACGAGAUCUCCGUCUCCGCCGAAGAAGAAUUCAACAUUGAGAAGCUGCAGUUGGUCGAAGCCGAGAAGAAGAAGAUCAGGCAAGAAUACGAACGCAAAGAGCGCCAAAUCGAAAUCCGCAGGAAGAUUGAGUACUCGAUGCAGCUGAAUGCUUCUCGGAUUAAAGUUCUUCAAGCUCAAGAUGACUUGGUUAAUACCAUGAAAGAAGCUGCAUCCAAGGAGCUUUUGAAUGUGAGCCAUCAUCGUAAUAUCUUGGACGCACUGAGCCAUCAUCAUCAUGUCUAUAAACACCUUCUGAAAGAUCUCAUUAUUCAGAGUUUGCUAAGAUUGAAAGAACCUUCUGUCUUAUUGAGAUGUCGCGAGCAUGACCUGCACUUGGUAGAGCAUGUGCUGGAUUCAGCUGCGGAGGAGUAUGCUGAAAAAGCAAAUGUUCCUCAGCCAGAGAUCAUUGUUGACAAACAUGUCUAUCUUCCACCUGCACCCAGCCAUCACAAUACCCAUGAUCCAUAUUGCUCUGGUGGGGUGGUAUUGGCUUCUCGUGAUGGAAAGAUUGUUAUUGAAAAUACUCUAGAUGCACGACUGGAUGUGUUGUUUCGUAAAAAGCUACCAGCGAUCCGAAAGCAGCUCUUUGGACAAGUUGCUGCUUGAAAGCUUUGAUUGUAUUGUUUUAUCGCUCCUGGAAUAUUUAUUUCGUGUCUUCACCAGAAUAUCUAUUGAGCCAUUGUUUUUUUAAACUUAUCACUUUCCUUUAAUUAACUCCAUUUUUUGUCAGUCCAGUUCCCAUAUCUUGUACUGAUAAAUGUUUUCAUCUUGAGGAUAGUGUUUGGUCUGACUCUUUGCAGCUUUAAGCUUCUUUGGUUAUCAAGUAUCAAAAUAAUAAUAUAUUGAACAUUUCUGUCAACGUUGCGUUGGAAAUUAUAGUGGUCUGGACUGCAUGUUUGAUCAA